CCCUUACUUAGUGCUGGCGUCUGCAUCCAAGCUGCAAGUAUAAAUAUGAUUGGUGGCCAGGCCACUGCGGCCGAUGCAGCUAGCGAAGUUCGAGCGUUUUUGCCUCCAGAAUCCUGUGAGUUGAGCUCCGAACGCUCACCGACUCCGAAACCACACCCACAGAACACACACAACAACGAUAACCAUCAUGUACCUCGCGGCCUCGGCUCGGUGGCUCUGCUUCCUAACCUGGAUCUGCGCCGUCAUUCACCCCGCCUCAGCAAAGGAUGCCCCCACGGUGAUCGCCGGCAUGAAUGAUCUUCGCCAAAGUGUCGACUCGGCUCAAGCAGUUUUCAACGGCUACGAUGGUGGGUGGAUGUCGUCGUGGGAACUGGCCCGUGCCGUCUGGGACGUCUAUACCCAAACCAAGUCGGCUCGGGGACAGUGGGAUUCCGCCCCAGCUUUCAAAGACGAUGAAGUGCCGGACAUCUUAGUCGCCUACCACUCUAUGAGGCAAUCUGUUGCGGAUACGCUGGGUGCAGCCGGCAGCAAGGUAUGUGUUCUUCCCCCUUCCCCCGCGCUGCGGUUGUGCCCAUUCUGGAUACGUCUUUGCUGACUGACACUGCUUGGUUUCCCCCACCGCACAGGGCUCAAUGUACGAUAAGAGCGGUGUGAGGCUUAUGGCAAUCGCUAUCAUGCAAAUGUUCGAGAACGAACGUAGCUCCUUCCAGGAAGCGGCGCGGGCGAAGAUCCCCGAAUCGUUCCAUGAUGAUAUUGCGGGCCCAGUGGCCAAUCUUGGCAACGAGUUCCAGAGCGCUAUGA